UGAGUUUAGAGAUGAAGUAAGAAAAGAACCUCCAGAAAUUAAAGGUCACCCACUAUACGAUGCUACUUGGAAACCCUUGACUAAUCUUGAAAAUUAUAAAGAUUUGGUAAAAGAGUUCGAAAAAACUGGCAAAACUGUUUUAAAUGGGGAGAGUGUAAGAGAACCAUCAG